AUGGGAAGGUUUAUGUUGUUUUAUCUUGAGGAGGGUGAGACGGAGGUGGCUCUCUGCUUGGUUUGGCCCUCGUGGCCCUCAGUGGGGCCAGUGUGGUACUUGGUGGCCCUCAGUGGGGCCAGUGGGUACCUGGUGGCCCUCAGUGUAGCCAGUGUGGCCCUCAGUGGGGCCAGCGUGGUACUUGGUGGCCCUCAGUGGGGCCAGCGUGGUACUUGGUGGCCCUCAGUGUGGCCAGUGUGGCCCUCAGUGGGGCCAGCGUGGUACUUGGUGGCCCUCAGUGGGGCCAGUGGGUACCUGGUGGCCCUCAGUGUAGCCAGUGUGGUACCUUGUGGCCCUCGAUGGGGCCAACGUGGUACUUGGUGGCCCUCAGUGGGGCCAACGUGGGACCCGGUGGCCCUCAGUGGGGCCAACGUGGGACCCGGUGGCCCUCAGUGGGGCCAACGUGGGACCUGGUGGCCCUCAGUGGGGCCAACGUGGGACCUGGUGGCCCUCAGUGGGGCCAACGUGGGACCUGGUGGCCCUCAGUGGGGCCAACGUGGGACCUGGUGGCCCUCAGUGGGGCCAACGUGGGACCUGGUAGCCCUCAGUGGGGCCAGCGUGGGACCUGGUGGCCCUCAGUGGGGCCAACGUGGGACCUGGUGGCCCUCAGUGGGGCCAGUGUGGGACCUGGUGGCCCUCAGUGGGGCCAACGUGGGACCUGGUGGCCCUCAGUGGGGCCAACGUGGGACCUGGUGGCCCUCAGUGGGGCCAACGUGGGACCUGGUGGCCCUCAGUGGGGCCAACGUGGGACCUGGUGGCCCUCAGUGGGGCCAACGUGGGACCUGGUGGCCCUCAGUGGGGCCAACGUGGGACCUGGUGGCCCUCAGUGGGGCCAACGUGGGACCUGGUGGCCCUCAGUGGGGCCAACGUGGGACCUGGUGGCCCUCAGUGGGGCCAACGUGGGACCUGGUGGCCCUCAGUGGGACCCGGUGGCCCUCAGUGGGACCUGGUGGCCCUCAGUGGGACCCGGUGGCCCUCAGUGGGGCCAACGUGGGACCUGGUGGCCCUCAGUGGGGCCAACGUGGGACCUGGUGGCCCUCAGUGGGACCCGGUGGCCCUCAGUGGGACCUGGUGGCCCUCAGUGGGACCCGGUGGCCCUCAGUGGGACCUGGUGGCCCUCAGUGGGACCCGGUGGCCCUCAGUGGGACCUGGUGGCCCUCAGUGGGACCAACGUGGGACCCGGUGGCCCUCAGUGGGGCCAGCGUGGGACCGCCCGUCAUACUGGCCGUCGCGCACCCUCCCCGCACGUCCUUCUCUUACCACUGCUAG